AUGAGGUCAAGUUCACUUCUUCCUAUAUCAAGGACCCUUCGGUCAUGUUCAAGGCCUUUGCUAGUUAGAGGCAUUCCCCUUCAAUGGAGAAGACAAUUCCAAUUAUCCACAACCCGUUACCAGAACAAGACACCAGAAGAAGGAGACGAUUCUAGACCUGUUCUCGGGAAGGUUGAUCCACAGCUUAUGCUUGCAUUUACCUGCAAAGUUUGUAACACCAGAUCAUCUCAUACAUUAUCCAAACAAGGAUAUGAAAAGGGAUCAGUGUUAAUUCAAUGCCCAGGGUGUAAGAACCGUCAUUUGAUAGCAGAUAACUUACGGAUCUUUAGAGAUAAUAACUUCAAUCUUGAGCAAGUUCUCAAGCUGCAAGGAGAUUCCUUUUCAACUAGUGUUGGAGACUUGGUGUUUGAAGACCUUGAAAGUUUAAAGAAAGCCAUGGAAAAGGUUAAGGCCGAGGAGGAAGCUGCUAAGGAGAGUUAA